CGUUGUAGGGAGGGUUAGGGUUAUGGGCGGUGUUGGGGUUGCACGUGCUUGGCCUUAUGGCAAGCUCCCAACAAGUCCGCGAACCUCGGCUUAUCGCAAGCUCCAUCCUCGUAAUAAUCACAACACAGCAUUUUCCCUCUGUUCACGAAGCAUCUCAUUGCUACACGUCGCAGGACUUACGAGACGGUAACAAUGAAAAUGAAGGGGGCUUAUUAUUUUAGACUGUGGAGAUUGCUGAGACGGUUAAGAGCUUGGAGGUUCGCCGCGCUCGUCUUCACGAUCUUUAAUGUAAAAUGCUUUCCGUUUGUCUGGCAUUAUCGGUUUUUCAUACCGGUUCUAACGGCCUCUCUGCGGAAGCCCGUAGAGCAGUGUCCUGCCAUGCUUCGACGGCAGACAAAUGGUGUCCCUCUAGUUUUUCUACCAAUUAUCACGACAACAAGAGUGCCUUUAUUGGAAGGCGAUUUCAACCUCCAUAAGUCAAAUAGCACUUAUUUCACCGAUUUAGAUACGAGCCGCGCCCACCUGUUAGCGUUUCUCUGCUUCAAGGGCAUGGCCAAGUUGGACAAAGAUCUUCGAGCGGCAGGGAAAAGUGGCAUCCUGACUGUCAUGCUAGGCUCCACGCAAACUAGCUUCAAACGAGAGAUUCCGACAUUUCACCCCUAUGAAGUUUGGUCGCGUAUUCUAACAUGGGAUCAGAAGUGGCUCUAUAUCGUGACGCACUUUGUCCAAAAGGGUAAAAUCAAACCUACGGCGUCCGUAACUAAUAUCGGUGGAGUCAAGCGAAAACCAAAGACUUCAGUAAGGGGGGUCACAGAGAUAGCAAAAUCAAAUUCGUUGGAAGAUGAAAAAACGCCUGCGUCUUCUUCCACGGACCUAGACUCGCCAAUAUUCGCCACUGCUAUCUCAAAAUGUGUUUUCAAGAAGGGUCGCCUGACAAUCGCCCCCGAACGCGUAUUAGACAUUUCUGGACUACUCUCAAAGGUGGCCCCAGAUAGCUCUCCAAUUGAUUUGAGUUACCCAGAUGUGCGCGCCAAUGGAUCCACCGCAUAUCACACAACAGAGGAAAUGUGCAACUUCCAACUCGCGAAAACCAUAGAAAAGGAAAGAUUAAAGGGCCUUAAGUAUGCAGAUCUCCUAUCCGGGCUGGAAGAGCUACAAGGUCAGCUUUUAAAGGAUGAGGAGGUGUCCAAUGGAGUAAUUUCAUUGGGCACGUUUAACGACUAUGGGCAACACAUCAGCCACUAGAUAGUGAUUUGACGUAGAGGAUAGAUUUCAAUGUUUCAUUACUCUAGAAAUUUAUAGCGCAGCUACUGAUAGCGAUACUAAUACAAGCUUUAAAC